AUGCGAAGGAAGAGUUCAGAUGGCAAUAAGAGCCUCGCGUCAGAGUCCAAAGCACGAGAAGAAAGUGAGAGCUUUGCACUGGACGUACAGACGGAGAAGGAGGAGAGGUCACCGUCGCCUCUACUCAGUCCGUUGCAUUCGUUGCGCUCAUUGGUGAAGAAGUGUAGUACCGGGGUGACCACUGGCAUUCCCAGAGACUUUAGUUAAUCCAUUGGUGAAGAAGUGUAGUACCGGGGUGACCACUGGCAUUCCCAGAGACUUUAGUUAAUCCAUUGGUGAAGAAGUGU